ACCGACGCAGUAUGGCAGCAAACGGUAAACGAGAAUUUCACGUUUUAGAGAUCAGUCCUCGAGAUAAUGCGAAGUUGUGCACAUCUACAAGUACUUUCAACAUGUGUGCUCUGUUAUACGAAAAGUAACACUGAUCUGUACGGAUUCGUUACGGUUCAUUUAUAAGUUACGUUACGGUGACUAGAACUAAAUACGACGAAAGUCUAAACCGACCUGUUUAUUUUCUCCUUGCCCAUGUUCGCGCUCUGCUCGCCCUGCAGGCCUCAGAAAGGAGGGCAAGCCCGGUUAAUACAUCAAUUUAUUUGCUUUGUUUUUUUAAGGGCACUAGUGUUAUUAACACUUUCGAUGCUCUACGUGUAACGUGUGAAAAUAUAAUUAAAUCUCCGAAAUGAGAUACAACAUGGUGCAAAAAACUUAAUUUAGCUCUUUAACACUAUAAAAUGGCUCUUAAACAUGCACUUGGGGCUGUUGUGGUUUUCACGUCCAUCGUAGUGUACCACAACAGCUGUUACUGCGGAUUUGUCUUUGACGACAUCAGUGCAAUUAAGGAUAAUAGAGAUUUAAGACCGCACACGCCGUUAAUAAAUAUUCUCUUUAACGACUUUUGGGGAACCCCAAUGCACAAGGAGCAAAGUCACAAGUCCUAUCGACCCCUGACAGUCUUAACGUUUCGAUGGAAUUAUAUGUUUCAACAACUCGAGCCCAUGGGAUAUCAUCUUGUCAACAUGCUGCUGCAUUCGGUUGUGUGCUUGAUGUAUUUUAGGAUGUGUUCCAUGUUCGUUCCGGAGUUAUCAAGCUUUGCGGCAGCGAUGCUAUUUGCAGUGCACCCUAUACAUACGGAAGCGGUAACCGGUGUUGUUGGCAGAGCCGAAACUCUUUCGUCGAUUUUCUUCUUAGCUGCGUUCACCCUUUACUGCAAGUCGGGAAAAAGUAAAAAGGCUACAGAUUGGAAAUGUUUGUCGAUAUCCAUGCUGUGCGUAGCGACUGCAAUGUUGUGCAAAGAACAAGGGAUCACAAUUACGGGCGUGUGCGCAGUUUACGAGAUAUUUGUGCAACAGAAGGUGCGACUGCCUGAAAUAAAACACAUGGUAAAAACUGCAAUUACCGGAAAAACAGCCUACCACCUUCCGUGGUCGAAUGAAGCUACAAAAAGGAUUUUUGUUCUUGCCGUUACAACAAUUUGUUUACUUCUAGUGAGACUACAAAUAAUGGGAUCCCAACUGCCAGUCUUCACGCGUUUCGACAAUCCAGCAUCAGUCACUCAUACUCCGAUUAGGCAACUUACUUAUCACUACCUAAUAAGCUUAAAUUUAUGGUUACUUCUCUUUCCCUGUGAUUUAUGUUGUGAUUGGACGAUGGGGACUGUUCCUUUAGUUGAGUCCAUCACCGACCCUAGAAAUUUAGCGACGAUUACCGCCUACGCAUUUCUGCUAACAUUUUUAUUCAUUGCCUUCAAUAGCGACAACCGGCAGCAAAGUGCAGUUAUUUUAAUGGGACUGGCAUUCUUAAUUCUACCCUUUUUGCCGGCUUCAAAUUUAUUCUUCCCCGUAGGAUUUGUAGUAGCCGAAAGAGUGUUGUAUAUGCCUUCGAUGGGUUUCUGCAUGUUAAUAGCGUAUGGCUGGAACAUUCUCGCCGAUAAAAAGGGGAAGAAAUUAACAACCCUUGGCCUCGCGGCAUUAAUUUUGGCGCACGGCUCUAAAACGUACGUCAGGAAUUGGGAUUGGGAAACGGAGUACUCGAUAUUUAUGUCGGGCCUUCGUGUAAAUCAACGCAAUGCAAAGUUAUUUAAUAACGUGGGGCACGCUCUCGAAGGGCAGGGAAAGUACACGGAAGCUUUGAGAUAUUUUCAUACGGCUGUAAGCGUGCAGGAAGACGACGUAGGUGCGCAUAUUAAUGUCGGGCGGACGUAUAAUCACCUGAAAAUGUUUAAAGAAGCCGAGGAUGCCUACCUGAAAGCUAAAUCAUUGCUACCGAAAGCGAAACCUGGCGAAUCCUAUCAGGCACGAAUUGCUCCCAACCAUCUGAAUGUGUUUUUAAAUUUGGCCAAUUUGAUUUCUAAGAACUCCACUCGCUUAGAAGAGGCCGAUAUGCUUUAUCGACAGGCCAUUAGUAUGCGAGCGGAUUAUACACAAGCCUAUAUAAAUAGAGGGGAUAUUUUAAUUAAACUGAAUCGAACUAAGGAAGCCCAAGAAGUGUACGAAAGGGCUUUAUUGUACGACAGCAACAACCCGGAUAUUUACUACAACCUCGGUGUCGUUUUUCUCGAGCAAGGCAAGGCAUCUCAGGCGUUGGCAUAUCUUGAUAAAGCUUUGGAUAUCGACCCCGAACAUGAACAGGCAUUAUUAAAUUCAGCUAUACUCCUUCAAGAGCUUGGACGACCUGAAUUAAGGAAAAUUGCUCGAGAACGCUUACUUAAAUUGCUCCAUAAAGAAUCUACCAACGAAAGAGUACAUUUUAAUUUAGGAAUGCUUGCAAUGGACGACAAAAAUAUAGAAGAAGCGGAACAUUGGUUUAGACGGGCUGUUCAUUUAAAAGUUGAUUUUCGAAGUGCUUUAUUUAAUCUCGCUCUACUUCUGGCUGACGAUCACAGACCUUUGGAAGCCGCUCCGUUUCUCAAUCAACUUGUUAAAUAUCAUCCCGAUCACAUCAAAGGCCUUAUCCUACUCGGUGACAUUUAUAUAAAUAACAUAAAGGAUUUGGACGCCGCUGAAAAUUGCUACAAAAGGAUUUUAGAGCUCGAUCCUGUAAAUAUUCAAGGUUUACACAACCUGUGCGUUGUGUACGUGGAGAGGGGGAAGUUGUUGCAGGCCCAAACUUGCUUGGAGCAGGCCCACAAGCUCGCACCGGGGGAGGACUACGUCCUGCGACAUUUACAAAUCGUGAAGAACCGAAUCGCCAAACAUAAAAUAAAUAUAAACGAUAAACAGGGCGACGAGGAAGUGAAUUUUAACGACAAUAGGGUUAUAUCCAAUGGGUCCAGCAAAAGCGUGGACGGAACUGAGAAGACGACGCAGCCCGUAGUGUCGAAGGCUUCUGAUAAACAGAGGUAUAGUAGUCAUGUGGUUAAUACGGAGCCUGUGUUCGUGAAAAACGUCGAAUCGUACGUGAACGAGGAGGACUUUGAGGAUGAGACUGCGGACAUUGUUAGACAUACGAAAGAGGUAGUUAGCGAAAAAGUGAUUAAAGACAGACAUAAAUCAAACUAUGACGUAGGAACGGACGGGGAUGAUCCCUCGUCAGGUAUGUCUUAGCGUUAUAAGGAUUUAGACCUUUAAGACUAAAGUUUUCUGUACAUUUUAUAAUUGACACUCUACUCUUUAACGUAUUGAAUCGCCUUUUAAGUGCUUAUUGUGCAUGUGCACAAACGAUUCACUAACUUCAAUCUCUAUUUGUGUAUUAGCGCAACAGCAAGAAAGUGCAAUCACUUUUUAAAUGAAUUUUGAAUUUAUCAUGGCACUAAUUUCUUCAGUAGCUCUCAAAAUUGUAAUUUCGCCAUUUAUUUAUUGACAUUUUGUCUGACAUCUGAACAGGUUUACCAGUUUUAGUUAAAAACAUAUUCUUUCUUAAAACGCUUACGCCUUCCCUGGCAUCCUUGCCAAACUUUUUUAUAGAAAUCUGUAUAAAUGGCAAUCGUUUUUGUUAAAGAAAAUAAACUGAUAAGGUAAGUACGUGAAUGACAUUGUGGAUUAGUUACUAGGAGGACAAGGUGCCGCGGUUUCAUUGAUAACUACACAAAUAUCCCUUGGCGUAUUCUUUUUAUAAGAAACUAUAUUUUUGUAAAAUGGCACCCUUGAGCUAACUGGCGAUUACAACUUAUACGCUCGAUUUACGCUGAGUACUGAACGGAACACCCAUUCGCGUUUUAAACCACUCAAAUGGUGACACUUGAAUUUUUUCACUUUUCCGUAAGAUACUCUCUAGGCACCGUACUUUUUUCCCUUUGGAUUUUCAGAAAAACUUUCUAACUGGGACUACGAGGUCGCCCUGAAUUUAUGUAAACUGUUUUUCUAAGCUCGGUUAACCGAACCAGAAUAGUAAUGGCGACGGUAUUUUAUUAAUUUUCAUUGGUUUAUCAGCUUGCAGAGCUGUAUACUGAAUUUUGGAUUCUGCAAUGUGUGCGUAUUUUUAACCAAGCUGUGUUUAAUUUGCAAAGUUGCAGAUGCAACUUAACACGACCGAUUUCGAGCGUGUAAUUCAAAACCAAAGCCGGACAAUGAGGCGACAAACACACUUUAGAACAAAUAAUUUACAAACGUCGGAGAAUCUUGCUGCCAUUACAAUCGGCAAAAUAAAAACUUGAACUGAACACGAGUAAUAUUUGUUUGGUCGAAUGUUCUUGCAACCUUGACCAAUUCAACGGGAAAAUUUGUAAACAAUUUAACGCAGAUAAAUGCUCUGGUUACGUAAUAAAAUGGAGAGAAAAAAAAACAAUGGGAAAGUAUUUCUUAGAAACCUACCUCCCAAACAGAUGAAGUUGGCAGAUCUAAACUUAUUUGAAGCCUUUUAAAGUAACACAACGUGUAGCACCCAAUAAUACAGUAUACAAUGGGUAAAUCGUGAAAUGAUUUUGCUUUAAAAAUGUGGAACGAAAUGACGAACUGCAGCAGAAGAGCUGCAGAGUAACUUGAUCUCGCAGGACCAAAUUACGUGCACGACAGAAUUGACGUAUGCCGAUUCCGUAUGAGCUAAAAUAAUGCUCCACCAGAAACACUUUCUCCUCCAUGCUCAACAUUAAUUUUAACAUUUAGCCCGAGCUAAUUAUAGUUCUUCACAGGUCUACAGGGGUGCUAACGUGCGUAGGAGGGCGCGCGCAUAGAGAAAGCUGUUUAUUUUGAGAAAAUCUGUAUUUUGAAAAUCAUAUAUUUUGCUCGUACAAAAACGGGCUACACGUGAAUGCACUGAAGGUGGUUUGAACUGUAUAAAUUGCAGUGGAAAGGAAUCACCAUCUGAAGAGCAAGUUGUCCCCCACAACAUCCCAGAUGAAAAUAUAUGUAUGCUUAAAUGGUUAUUAACAUAUGUUAAAGAAUAUUUGAAAUUUCGGGAAUAUGUACCUAAUAGAAUGAAAAACGAUUAAAAGUGAUAUAAUUGCUUCUUGGCAAUUUUCAUGUAACUUAAAGCAUCAGGAAUUACAAAAACAAAACAAAAUGACACCGUUCUAUAUAAUAUUUUCCCAAAAGCGUCGUAUUUAAAUGGAAAAUAAUGGAGGUAACUCAAAGAACUAUAAAAACCAAGAAGGAACUGUUUGUUUCUGUAUAAUUCAUGACAAAUAACGUGGGAAUGGAAUUAUGUCACAAAAUACUACUACUGGUACCAUUUGAAGGUAGCUUAAAAUACCUUUGGACCCGUUAAUUUUACGAUAUUGAGGACAGCUUUUACGAUAAGGACGAUUCCUAAUUCCUUUAUUACUUAUCGUAAAAAAAUAUAGUCAGUCACGAUCGUUGAAAGGUAUUUCUUUAAUUAUAUUUAGGGCUGUAGUUUGUUGAGAUCUGAUCGCUUAGUUUCCAAGAUAUUCCGCCACAAGAUCUCAUGUCUUUCUUUGGUUAUACUGCAAAACUGUGUAAACGUAUAUAGAUUAUGAUGCCUACUAUGUAAUUUAGAACUUAACAACAUGCCAGUCUAGCGCCAGUAGACAAACAAGUUAGUGAGCGGAAUUUUACAGUAAGAUGUUUCCCUUUUACUACCCCAGCGUUUUCCAUAAAGUUGCCUCUAGUUAACGGAAAAUUAGCGAUAUGUACAUAAAAACACAAUAUUUUAAUGGGAAUAAUCAUUAAAAUCAUACCGAGAGUUCUCCGUAGUUUGACUUCACUUCUAGCAAAAUUUGAAAUCUUUAACUUAAAAAAGGCAAUCGUUACUCAAAAGUUUUUUAAUUGCACAAACAGAUAAUUCCCGAUGCAAAACUCAUACUUCGAACUCGAAUAGAUCAUCGGGGGAUGCAUUUAAACCAAAAGUUAUGCCUCACAAUACUAGGAAAUGCAUAGAAGUAGGUAAGUAUAAUGAAAAGAAAGUAAUGUGCGAUGUACCUUGCCAAAUGAAAAUCGUCAAUUUAAAUUUAAAAAAAUCAUCUCUUUCACCUUUGCCUAUAUUCUGUACCCUUAAACCUUACAAACGCAUGUACAAUAAGCAACUAAAAGCGACGUAAAAUUAAAAUAUUUCUAUCUAAAGACUUUUUAUACGAGCCAUUAGAUAAUUAUAGUAAGUAUUUAUUCUGUGAUAUUCAGGAUUUUGUGGAAUAUUAUUCUUAUUAUUUUUUGCUAAAAAAAAAGUAAGCGUAAUGAGAAUAAAUUGUAUAAGUAUGUUGUAAUUUGUGUUUAGCUGUGUUUAAAUUAACCCAAAAUGUGAUGUAAUUAUAGAUAAUGUGAUUGUUUUGUACUGUUUUAUGUUUAAGUGGCUUAAGAAUAUGUUUGUCUUCGACACUUGCUUUGUUAAGUUUAAUGGUGGAAAUGAUGCUCACUUAUUUCCAGAAAUGUCUGCGAAAGAUUUCAAUCUGUUACUUAAUUUGCAAGGGCACACACUUCCAUCAGCGUUUACAGCUUUUUAAAGGUCCUAUUAAUUUUAAGUGUGGCAUAUCUGUACUAUGUUAAUUUAGGCUUAUUUGUGAGACUUACAUUUUA